GAGGAAAUUUCACAUUAUGGUCAAUUUCGAGAACUCCCAGCUGGUCUCUAUUAGAACACCCUUGACCUCCGUUCUCCCUCUCUCAAAAUCGACAACCUUAAGCUUCAAGAUAACCAUGGCCAAGAACAAGCCCAACAUCAACAAGCAGUCCAAGACUGGUCCCAACAAGCGACUACCGAACAAACCGCCUCGGUUCGCCCAAAACAUUUCCUAUCUAUCUAUCUGUUCAAGACGAGAUACCGCUCCUGCUCGUUCUCAGGGUGACUUUUUCUUCUGACACGUCGAGUCGACAUCCACAUCGCGGGUAACAUAACCCGUGGGAACGGCAAUGACUUCCUCAUACUCCGCGGCCGUAGCAGCGAUACACACCCCUCGGAUGCAUAUGUCAUGAAAGGAUGCUGUGGAACGAGGAAGGAUUCGAAACGUUCGACGGAUCGGUCGAGUCGAGACCCUUGAUUGAGUCACGCAAUUGCCAAGCUUAAAGCCUUUCAACUUGCAAAACGGGUCAUCUGACACGUCUCGGAUACCGCCAAUUGGGGCGCGUCAUCACACUUGCAACCUCCUCUUUCGAGCACUCCUAAGGCUUAUCCUUUUUUU